AUACACCUCCUGUGUACUUCCUACCCGGUCUAUAGACAACUAUGAGUGCGGAAGUAAACUCCGCUCAAGCACAGUGAUAGUUCUGUGUAAAUUAACUACUAUUUAAAUAAUAGAUUCUAGACACACUAAAUCAAGUGUGUUACUCUAAUACAUAAUAGCGUUAUACUAAUCACUACAAGGUGUAAAAUAAUAUUUUAAUUAGACCUAGUGAAAUCUAGUGCUAGAAUAUAUUUAUAAACUGAGAUGACUACAUUCACAUUUACAUUAAGGAGCACGUACGCUUCAUUGCCACGUACAGCCAGAGGUCAAGCUAUUGUCAUCAAUGGGGAUCCCAAGGGGGAGAAUUUUCUUUAUUGCAAUGGCAGUAAUGUAUUCAUACGCAACAUCAAGAACACGUCUGUGUGUGAAGUUUACUCAGAACAUUCUAAAGAGACAACAGUGGCCAAGUACUCACCUUCAAGGUUCUACAUCGCUUCUGCUGAUAAAGAAGGCAGAGUGAGAGUUUGGGACACAGUCAACAAGGAACAUGUCUUGAAGAUUGAACACAUGGGCCUGUCUGGCGCCAUCAAAGAUUUAGACUGGACAAUGGACAGCCAGAAGUUGUGUGUUGUUGGAGAGGGCAGAGAAGUGUUUGGUCGUGUCUUCACCUUUGACUCCGGCAACUCAGCUGGCGAGAUAACCGGCCACAGUAAAGCCAUCAACACAGUGGGGGUCAGACAAGGCCGCCCCAUGAGGAUAGCCACUGGGAGCGAGGACUUCUCUGUCAUCUUCUAUGAGGGCCCACCAUUUAAGUUCAGCUGCACUAAAUCAGAGCACCAAAAUUUUGUGAACUGCCUGAGGUUCAGCCCUGACGGGGAGAUCUUUAUUUCUGGCGGUGCUGAUGGGAAGCUGUUUAUAUUUGAUGGCAAGACGUCUGAAUUGCUGUCUGAACUUGGCGCACCAAAGGCCCACGCUGGAGGGAUUUAUGCUAUUUGUUUCAGUCCUGAUGGCAAGAAGCUGCUCUCUGUAUCUGGGGACAAGACGGCCAAAAUUUGGGACAUCGUUGGUCGGCAACUGGACACGGAGUUUGUGCUGGGGACGCAGGUCUCAGACAUGCAGGUGGGCUGUCUCUGGCAGGGGGAGGACAUUUUGACAGUCUCUCUCUCUGGCUACAUCAACUUCUUAGAUAUCUCCAGCCCCGCAGCACCACGCAAGGUCAUUAAGGGCCACAACAAGCCUAUUAUGGCCCUGGCCAUUGAUGGCCAACAUGUCUUCACAGCUAGCAGUGAUGGGCUCAUCAUCCGGUGGAAUGCUGCUACUAGUGCAACUGAGGACUUGAAAGGAAAAGGUCACAGCAACCAGGUGACUGGCUUGGUGCUGGAUGGAGACUAUUUGGUGUCUGUAUCCAUGGAUGACACCAUCCGCUUUACUAGGGCUGCUGCACUGGAGUACAGUAAUGAUGCACUCAAAUUAGACUCCCAACCUCGCUCUGUUGACUCCAAAAAUGGUGUAUCCAUAGUGGCUUGCCUACAUCAUCUACUUGUUAUUCAAGCUCCAGGUAGGAAACUAUCAACUUUACCUGUUCAAUUUGAAGCUUUAAGCAUCAGCAUACGUCCAGGUGGACACGAGGUGGCAGUGGGAUCUAAGAGCCAGCUGCAUGUGUACAGCAUCAAGAACCAGCAGCUGACAGAGAUGAGGACGGAGCCUUGUCCUGAAGUGGCAGCACUGGACUACUCACCUGAUGGGGCCUGGCUGGCUGUUGCCACCAAAAAUAAAAUCCGCGUCUUUCAUGUUGAUGAAUGGAAGGAUGAACUGGGUGGGUGGGGUGAGCAACACACAGCCAAGGUCACCUGCCUCAAGUGGUCACCUGACUCUAGGAGGUUUCUCUCUGGCAGCAUUGAUUCAUCAAUUAUUCUCUGGGAGGUGGGCAAGUUCAAGGGUCAGAAGCCAAGUAUUAAAGCUCACCCACUCAGUCAUGUCAACCAAGUGGCGUGGCUGGACAACAACACAGCGGUUACAGUUGGCCAGGAUUCAAACCUCAAAAUCUGGACCAUUUCAGACUAAGCUGCUCACACUUCUGGCAGGCUGACUUGAUAGAAUUGCUACUCAAUGUUUCAUGUCAAGAGACUAAGUUUUAUGUACAUUAGUGUUUGUCUUGCUUGCGACUUUAGUUGUACUCUAUGCACACUGUGCCUUGUAACUGGCUCUCAAUAAAGCACCAGGUCUACAAUGAUAACAAAA